AUGGAGGAGGAGAUGCAGACGGCGGAGGAGGGGCCCAGCACCCCCAAAAUCUACAAGCAGCGGGGCCCCUACAGCGUCCUGAAGACCUUCCCCGGGAAGCGGGCGGCGCUGGCCAAGCGCUACGAGAGACCCACCAUGGUGGAGGUGCCCCGCGGGCGCGGAGCGGGGCAGCCCUUCCCGCACGCCGCAGCCGAGCCGCUGCCCUACGCGCCGCACGGCCCCUUCCCUAACGGGCCCGCCCGCCCCGCCGUCGCCCCCGGUGCUGCCCAGGGCCACCCCCGCCCUCCUCCGCCGCCGGCCCCCAGCUCCUCGGGCCGCUACGGCCCCUGCCCGGCGGUGGCGGGGGGCGGUGGCGCGGAGCUGAGCGCAGAGAGUCGAAUGAUUCUGGAUGCCUUUGCCCAACAAUGCAGCCGGGUUCUAAGUCUCUUAAAUUGUGGUGGAAAACUACUGGACAACAAUCACUCUCAGUCCAUGAUUUCUUGUAUAAAGCAGGAAAACCCAAAUUAUAGUGAAAGACAAGAGCAAUGUCAGCUUGGGAAAAUGGUCCAUAGUCAGACAUCAGACAUUUUAGACAUAGAGAUGCAGUAUAUGCAAAAGAAACAACAAACCUCAGCUUUUCUGAGAGUUUUUACUGAUUCCCUUCAGAACUAUUUGCUUUCUGGCAGCUUUCCUUCUCAGAACACCUCAUCAGUAAAUGAUUUUAGCCAUUUGGCAGAUAUGGAUCCACUUUCAAACUCUCCAGUACACACUUUAGGUGGAUGGACAUCUCCAGCAACAUCUGAAUCUCAUGGUCACCCAUCAUCUUCUACACUUCCAGAGGAGGAAGAGGAGGAAGAGGAAGAAGGUUACUGCCCUCGGUGUCAAGAACUAGAGCAGGAGGUAAUUUCAUUGCAACAAGAAAAUGAGGAACUUCGAAGAAAAUUGGAGAGUAUUCCAGUGCCCUGCCAGACUGUUUUAGAUUAUUUGAAGACUGUACUGCAGCAUCACAACCAGCUUAUGGUGCCACAGCCAGCAGACCAUCCGACUGAGGGGAGCAAGCAGUUGCUGAACAACUACCCUGUCUACAUCACUAGUAAACAGUGGGAUGAGGCUGUAAAUUCCUCCAAGAAAGACGGACGCCGGCUGCUCCGCUAUCUCAUCAGAUUUGUUUUCACAACCGAUGAGCUUAAGUACUCAUGCGGCCUUGGAAAAAGGAAAAGGUCAGUGCAGUCAGGAGAGACAGGUCCUGAAAGACGUCCUCUGGAUCCAGUAAAAGUAACAUGUCUCAGAGAGUUCAUUAGGAUGCAUUGCACUUCCAACCCAGACUGGUGGAUGCCAUCGGAAGAGCAAAUAAACAAGGUAUUCAGUGAUGCUGUAGGACAUGCUCGUCAAGGGCGUGCAGUGGGGACUUUCCUUCACAAUGGGAACUCGUAUUAUGAAGGGACUGACCAUCCAGGAUCACAGGAUGAAGUCUUCAAUAGAGGUAUUCAAGAUGGAUCUGGUGAUUGA